AUGCUGCAUCGAUGUUAAAUAUGCUUUAUCUCAUUAAAUUUCACUAUGAAAAUAAAAUUUACAGAUUAUAUAUGAUUUUCAGCAGCACAACUGCAAAACAAAAAUACUGUUUUUAGUGCAAAAGCACGCCGACUAUAGCUUUAUAAGACAGCAUUUUGCAGAACUUUAGGGCAUCUUUUGUUGUCUUCAUUGCAGUCACUGUAGUUGUUGUAGGUUAAGCUGUAAAUGUGCAGAAUAUAGUUUUCUUUAUCUGUAUUUUGAGAUCAAGUUCUGAUUGAAUUGUCUAACUAUUACAGUAAGGAACAUUAUACCAUAAUUUCAGAAAAAUCUUGCAGUUUUCAAAUGAUUUGCGAGAACAGCUGACUAUGAAACAUUUUGUGUUAAAGUGGAGGGGCAUAUUUCAGAACGUUCCCUGUUUUGGCUUUAACUUUGUACUAUACUUUCCAUAAUUAUUUUUAAAACCUUAGUGAAAUGUGCACUUUGCUGUACUCGUAUGUAAUCACUCUGUUUAUUCUAGAAGUAUUGUUUCAAUCUUUUCAUCAAUACAAUUUUUUCUUUAUUUUGCUGCACAAAACAUUUGAAUCUAUCAUAAAGCAAAUCAGACUUCCAAAGACUUCUUGCAUUAGUGCCUGGCUUUCGACUCAAAUCAGACUAGACCAGACUAUAGGUGUCAGGUUCAGGGCCAGCUCAGCACCAAACGCAUUAGAGACGGUGUAUUUUCUUCUCUGUGAUUCCGCUUAGAGUUGGUAUAGGUGUGCAACCUGAAUGGGAUUCUCUGAAUGAUGGUAGAGUUGGGUUUUGAUUGGAGAAAAGUUAUGGGAAACAAGUCGGAUUCACAUUGGUUGUUGUUAGGUGUAAACCACGUUUUAAUGUUAUAAACAAACAGAUCACUAAUAUUUUUUAAAGUGGGACUUGAAUUUUAUUUGCCAUUUAUCAGAUUUAAGAAAAAUAAAUUCCUUAGAGGAAUAAUUGGUGGAUUCUUUUCAUCAUUAAUUACAGUAAGGGACAUUAUACCAUGCUGGUUAUUAAGUACAGAAUUCACAUUACCAUUCACUUUUCUUCAAGAAUGCCUUCAAAACACCAAUCACACCCAUUUGUACAUUGCGCUGGUUAGUGAUUUGACAAUGGUGUCCUGAGACAAGGUGGAACAUUUUUGUAAGUUAAUCGGACUUGAAUGUGCAUGUUGCUGUUAUUACUGAUUUCAAUUGUGCUUCAUAGAACUGAGAUUUUAUCUGACGGCUUAUUUUAAGUAACCGAAAAUACCCACAAACAGUAAUAAAAUUAACAUAAUAAACAAUGCCCUAUUGGGAAAAAAAUGGUGAAAAAUUAAUUCCUAACCAAUAAAUGGCGAUUGGCGAGAAAGUCAUAGGAUUGGUAACACUAAAGGCUUGGGUCUUCUCAGUGCAUUUUUGUCUGCUUCUGAAAUUCAUCCCAUAAUAUCUCAGUUAUUUUUGUUUAGCCAAUUUUGCACCACGAACUGGGAAUUAAUUUCUAGUAAACAUGCUUAGCUCCUCCAUUUUAAUUUUAACCUUAUGCCUCAUUUGAAUUAUUAAUCGAUAGGUUUUCCUGUCAGUUUAUUAUAAAUGCAUGUGUGUACGUGAGAUUUGAAAUGUACAAUUUGUUGUCACUGUGAUCUCAGUAAAAUUAUGUGAAAACCUCAGUGUAAAAAAUUGGGUAGAGGAGAAGGAUUUACUGUCUUCUUCUUCUUGCAUAUGGAGUACACAGCCUAAAGUUAUAGGACUACUUGUUCUAUUUGAUCUUAUUUGAUUGUGCACGCCGGGUUGAUUGCAUUCGUCGAACCAGGGCGGACCACGUGAAGGUUGCAAUCUUCCACCCCAGGAUUUACUGUGAGGUGAGAAUGGUUCCUGUAUUUUCCCAUAUUGCAUGAUACAUGCUGUUUCUGAUGUAAGUAAUAGCCCUGCUGAUCUGGGAAAGUUUAAUAUGGUCAGCUGCUCAAUUUUUCAAGCUUUUGACAUGAAGAAAGAUUUAGAGACAUUAAUUGCAGAAGAACGGGCUGAAAUAAUUUCUAAUUAUAAUAAGGGCAGACAAGAUGGAGCAUCUAUUGAUUCAGAAGACUACAAUUUAUAUAAAGCUAUAGACAGAUUUGGCUUUCUGCAUGAAUAUGAACUGCCCAUGCCAACUGCACUGGAGGUAAAGCAAAAACAUUUGGAAAUUGAGAGAGUACGCAAAUGGGUAAAAAUGAUUAAGAAGUGGGAGAAAUACAGAAACAGUGACAAGAUGGUCCGGAGAGUUUACAAAGGAAUCCCACUGCAGCUUCGUGGUCAGAUUUGGUCAUUGCAGUUAGAUUUGGAAAAGUUGAAAUCUGAGAAUGAAGGGAAAUAUGAGAGAAUGAAGUUACAAGCACAAAGGUUUUCAUUAGAAAUCAAACAAAUAGACCUUGAUGUGAAUCGCACUUUUAGAAACCAUAUUAUGUUUCGGGAUCGAUAUGGAGUGAAACAGCAAGCUUUAUUUCAUGUACUCACUGCCUAUUCUGUAUACAACACGGAGGUGAGCUACUGUCAAGGAAUGAGCCAGAUUGCAGCCAUUCUGCUGAUGUAUUUGAAUGAAGAAGAUGCAUUCUGGGCUCUUUCUCAACUACUGACUGAUCAGAAGCAUGCAAUGCAUGGAUUUUUUAUUCCUGGAUUUCCAAAGCUCCAAAGAUUUCAGGGACACCAUGAUCAGAUUUUAAGCAAACUUAUGCCAAAGCUCAAAAAACAUUUGGACAAAGAGCAGAUGUCUACAGGAAUAUACACCACCAAGUGGUUCCUGCAGUGUUUUAUAGAAAGAACACCAUUUACACUCACGCUGCGGUUAUGGGAUAUUUACAUUCUGGAGGGAGAGAAAGUGCUUGCUGCUAUGGCAUACACCAUCAUGAAACUGCACAAAAAGCACCUUGUGAAGAUGUCAUUAGAAGAUCUCCGAGAAUUUCUUCAGGAAAUUAUGUCUAAAAACUUUCAUUAUGAAGAUGACGUUGUUAUUGAUCAACUGGAAAAGUCAAUAUCUGAACUUAGAAAACUAAAACUUGAACUUCCUCCACCAGCAAAACCUGAUGAGUAUCCCAGCAAACCAUUAGGACAGGAAAUAUCAGUCACUUUAGCACCAGAGAAGACCAACAUUGUGGCCAAUGGCAAGAAUGAAAAAGUUAAUUCUCCACAAAAUGUCUUUGAAUGUGACGAUGAGGAAAACAGAAAAUCACAAGAUAAAAAUGACAUCCAGCCUUCUCUCCCUGAGCCUGAGGUUCCUUCUCCAGAAAUAUAUCAAACUACCAUGGAGGAAAACCUUACUCAUUUGGAACUUUGCGAAGCUAAAGCUCCAGAUCAUGACAGUUCCGAAACUCCCUUCGAAGACCAAAUCGAUUUACCAGAAGAAGGUGAACCACAGUGUUCAGAAAAGUGUCUAUCAUGCAGCCCAGAAAAAGUUACAGAACAUUCUCCAAAGAAGGAAGACAUCUUACCUGCUCAAAAUAGUGAGACAUGUAGUGUAGGAAAUCAAGCAAUCCCAGAUUUAGAAGUGAACCGUGUACUUCCAGAAAAAGAAACCACCAAUUCUCCAGAAGAUAACAUGAUAAAUUGCCAAGACGUGAACAAAGCUGAAUCUACUGGGACUAUUGAAAUACCUGUAACCCAACUUUUGCAAGAACAAUCUCCAUGCUUGUCAGAACUCAAAAACGUAGCUACAGAGUCCCCACAAAGAUUGGAGGGACUUGUUGCAGAGCCAGUGAACGAGCAGUCACUAGAUACAUUGUGCAGUAACAUUGAGGCUUCUCCACAAAGAAAUAACAAACUCACAGAAAUGGAAAACAAUGACAAUAUUCCACCACUUUUAACAGAGCCUCCACCAACAGACCCAUUUUCUGGAGAAAAGCAUUUGUUGGCUCCAAAUUCACAACAAACUUAUUCUGGUCUGAAUGUUCCUCAUCAAUUGGAAGUACGUACCCUUAUUGAUCAACCACAAUCUUUGUUGACAAUGAAACUUUCAUCUCCAGAAGAAGAGGAACUGGUCUUUGUUGAUUUAACACAUGAAACUUCAAUUGAUUUGAGCAGCACAAAAAUAAAAGAUAUGGUUGAGUUACAAAGUGGAAGAAAGGUUUCAAAUAUUUCACCGCAUGACAAUUCGGGUGUUUCUCAGUAUGAAUAUCAGUAUGAUCCAAUUAUUUCGGAAUCAAUCAUUCAAUGCGAUGAAAUGUUUGUACUUUCUGAGAAGGAACCAGGAGUACCGGAAUUAGUGGACAAUACUGUCUGUGCAGCUAAUCCAUCAUUGGCGUUAGAUUUGUCAAAUAAGCCACAACUUUUUGAACAAACCUCAACAUUUUAUCAAGGGUCUUGGGACACUUAUAGUCCUGAAAAUGAUGUUGUCUCUUCUGCUCACCAGAGCCCUUCCAAAUAUUCAUCAAAUAUGCACAAAGAGGACCCUAUAAGAAAUCAAAGUUUACGGAGUCCUGAGCAUCUGACAGCUACCACACAGAUCUCACCUGUCAGACAGUGUUUAAAUAGCUCUUGGAAAGUAGUUAAAUCGAUGACUCCAGUUCAUCUUGCACAUGCAGCUGAGCAGAAUCUCCUGAACUUCAGGCACAUGGCAUUGCCUCCACAGGAUGACUUGCAGUUGGUUGCAAUCUGUGACGAAGAAGGGGCUUAUUCAGUAAAGGAGAUUGACAUACCUGAAGUGAUUAUUCCAGGUAGCAAUGUGAACUUCAAUGAACCUGUAAAUUUGAUAAAGAUACCAUCUUAUCAUUCCCCUACUUAUACAAGUGUACAACCAGAAAACGUCAUGGCUAAAGAUACAAAUUUAGACUCAGAGAAAUAUUUGGCAGCAUCUCCGGAAUACCACGAUUACGAACUGUUACAUUAUGACAGCAGUCAUUCCAUUUUACCAUAAUGCACUUCACACAAUUUCAUCAGCCACAGUCAUCAAACGUUAAUGUACUACAAUACAUUUAUAAGGCAAGAGAAUCAUACAUUUUCCAACAAUUUAAGUAGUUUAAUUAUGCAUAAUGGAGACCUGUGUAGUUAUUGUUACAAAAGUUGUUACAAAAAAUCUAUGCAAAUUGUCUCAUUUCAUAAACUUACAUAUCUUAAGGUUCUUCAUUCUGCAUAUUACACAUAAAAGAUGAAUGCAGUCAAAAACUGUUGAACGUUUAAUGAAAUGUUUAUGAUUGUUUUGGUCUGUAGCACUGCAGGUCACAUUGCUUUUUUUUUAAAACCCAGAGCAUAAUCAUCAUCAAAUACAAUGUAAUUUAUAAAGGGAGUGAGCAGGCUCACAAAAUGACAAAUACUGUAGCACACUUUUACACAAGUUGACUUUGACAGUGGUUUCCCAGGUGGACUGUUAUUUUACCACAAGAUUAGUGGCAGCCAAUACUAAUUGGAUUUUCCAUGCAACUUUUCUGCCUUGUUUGGUUUUGAUAUAUACAUAAAUAUAGGAAUUGCAAUGAAACAAUAAUUGUUCCGUUAGAAAUAAUAACGUUGCACACAUUGUUUGUAGUUUUGGAAUAUUCCUUGUACAAAAUGUACUUAAGAGGAAGAAUAACAUAAUUUUCAUGUUACAGCAAUGGCUGUAAAUAAAUACAGGGAGUUUCUGACAUGAUCAUUUUUAGUCUCCUGUAACUACAGUUUUUAAGGAUAUGAAAAAAUAAUUUAAUCAUUUGUGUUGUGACGUUCAAGGACCGAAAAUGUAGUUGUUGAUGUUUACUAUAAAUUUUAGAAAGAAGCUUUGGCAAAAUAGUGCUGAAACUAAGCCUGCAAUCACUUUUUUUGUGAGGGAAAAAUAUUUGAAGCCAUUCCCUGGCAUUUGCCUGCAACAGUGUUCAAUAUAACUUUUUGGUUAGAAUUGAGAAACUAUUGUAUUAUGUCAUCUACUCAGGAAUAUAGUAUUCUUGCUUUGUGACCACCUGCAAGUAGGAAUUAUUUGCAGCAAGCAAAUUAGAAUAUGUAAUGUUACUCAGCACAUAAAAUGUUAAUUGCGUAAUAUGUGUUCUUGUGGAAGAAAUGAUAACCCUGAGAAACGAAGGGAAAUAUUUAACUGAUGUGUGAUGUACAUGGUAUUUUUUGUAAAGUCUGUUCUUAAUUUUGCACUUUCUGUUGUGGAUGGCAAGUCACCAUUUUUUUUAAGUUCUAGAGUUUCAUCUAUCCAUGUUCUCCGAAGAUGCUGCCUGACCCGCUGAGUUACUCCAGCACAUUGUGUCUUUUUUUGUAAACUGGCAUCUGCAGUUCCUUGUAUCUACAGUUUCAAUGAUGGAUUGAUAAUACAACAAUAAUAUUGUUUGACUUGUUGAACAAUUGUAAAUGUACUUUUGCAAGGUUUUACAUUGGCCCUGUUUUCUGUUCUUUCAUGAGAAAACAUAUGGAUUACUUGUAAUAGUGUGGAAACAUCACUUUGUGUCAUGCUUUACAUUGUUUCUAAGCACCAACAAUAUUGUAAACAAAGCUUUAAGAACA